CAACAACAACAACAACAACAACAACAACAACAACAACAACAACAACAACAACAACAACAACAACAACAACAACAACAACAACAACAACAACAACAACAACAACAACAACAACAACAACAACAACAACAACAACAACAACAACAACAACAACAACAACAACAACAACAACAACAACAACAACAACAACAACAACAACAACAACAACAACAACAACAACAACAACAACAACAACAACAACAACAACAACAACAACAACAACAACAACAACAACAACAACAACAACAACAACAACAACAACAACAACAACAACAA